AAGUUGGAAAGGCCUCCUGCAUCAAGUAUAAUUGAAAUAUGUACAAUGCAAUCUGCCAUUGCUUUUGAAGGUGAUGUACUAGUCGCAUAUGGCCCUGCUAUCAAAUAGAGCUCAACAAACGAACCAAAAGCACCCAUUGCACAUGUUGAUCUCGUUGACAACCAUGGACAAAUGACUAUAACAGUAAACAUCAACAAUAAAUUAAUAGACACCUUUUUGCCCCAGUUAUUGCCUGGGGCAAGUGUGCGCUUAACAAAAUUCACAGUGAAGAAAAAAUCACAAUAUGAGAGAGGAGAUGCUGAUUACUGUAUCCAGCUAACUGCUAAAACAACAAUUGAAAGUAUUGAUAAAGUAUGCAAGAAACAAAAGCUAACACCUGAUACAACCAUUUCGCAAUUAAUCCACUCACCAAACAACUAUUCAAUUGGAACACUAGGCGUCCUUGUAGCAUCUCAAAAUCAAGAACCAAACGAAUUUCAACUACAGGUCAAAGAUGGAGAAUUGCCAUCUGAUACAGCUACUCUAACAGUUCCAAAAGUCCAUACCAAUUCCUAUGCCACCUUGGAAAGGCUCCUGACUUCAGCAAGACCACCACUUCUUCUCCUAAAAAAUGUUGUCCGCGGCAACACAAGAGGAUCAAGUGACAUUAGAUCAAGUCUCUCCACCUACAUUGAUGAAUUGAAUGACGAAUACACCAAAGGUUUCUUGCAAACACUUGCUUCCUCCAAUUUGCAGGUUGCUGGAACAUUGAAAACAAAAAACGUGUACCUACCACCAUACCAGCCACUUUGCAACUUGUGCCAUAGCAUAGUUUCUGCAGCUCACAUGUCAGCGAACAACACUGCUCACUGCACCACAUGUGCAUCAACCACGACUUUUGCAUACCAACACUACUUGCAAUGCACAAUUGAAACUGAAGAUGGAACUAUUAACUGCAACUUACACACCAAACUCUUGCAACAAAACUUUCCUGAGCUCACAAAAAUAACAUUUGAAAAUUAUAAGCAAAACAUAUCUGCAACUAUCUACCUCAUGUGCAAGUUUGAGAUACGAGGAACAUUCACAAUUGCCAUGAACAAUUCCAUCAUUGCCAUUGCACAAGAAGCGAGCAGUGUAAUUUUAUGCAAACCACUCUUCUGCAUUGCUACAAUCUAAAACCAUUAUUUAUUACAACUAAUCCUAACAGUGAUCUAAUUGUUUUGUGUAAAUUGUAGAGUGUAUAAAAGCACCAUGCCAUUUUCAAGAAGAUUUUGGUUCACUUCACACUACUCCUCAAGGUUCCCAAAUGAGAAAUUAAAAACAAUCAAAAGCUCCUUGCUUCAACUAGUGGACAAUUCAAAAUACUAUUCACAUACCUAUAAUAUUCAAAGGAACACUUAUCUUAUUUUCUUUUGUAAAUAACUAGUUAAUUAUCUUUGGCUACAAACAUUCGAUAAUAUGCUUAGUUUUUGUAAAUAUAAAUCUUAUGCAUUGUCUACUUGUAUAAUAGAAUUGAAGACGAGUUCUUAGAACA